AUGGCCAAGUCAGGCAAGAAGAACAAGAAAGCUGUUAAAAAGGGCAAGGCCCAGGAGGAUGCUCCGGCUCCUCAAUCUGAAGUGCCUGCUACCGAGCCUGAGCAGCAACAGGUAGCCACAGAUACACCUCUACCUGAAGAGGCAUCUGAGCUACCGGUCGCUCCUACAACAGAAGAGGCGCCUGUCGCUACGCCAGAGGUUGCGACAGAGGUUAUCCCAGAGACUGUUCCGGAAGUUGCGCCAGAAGUUGCGCCAGAAGUUGCGCCAGAAGUUGCGCCAGAAUCUGUGCCAGAGCCUGAACCAGUAUUCGAGUCUGCGCCAGAGAAAGAACCAGACCCCGAACAAGCACAGCCUGUCGAGCAAGUCCAGCCUCCCUUUGAUUUUGACAUCUCAUCCCAAACACCUCUUGAAGACGAUGGCUUCACUCAAAUAAGCAAACCUGAACUUCCGACGAAUCAAUUUCCCGGUAUGCUCGAUACCCAGUUUGGGCUCAUACAGGAACCUAGCCACGAGGAACUGGGCGCAUGGGAGCAACUAGACACCGCUACAGCGAAGAACGACCACGACGAUACACUGAUUCAACAGAGCAGCUCUGUGGAACCAUCAGAACAAACGCCAGUUACUGCACCGCAAUCGCCUACAUUUACAUUCGCGCCAGAGACUUCGACAACCCAACCUACUGAACCUUGGCCGACUUGGGAGGAAGACAACUUGACCAAGACUUCACCUGUUGCAGAGGAGGCUGCUAUCCCAAAGAACGGCACUGACACUCCUCACGCCUUCACAAACCCCUUUGGCGAUUUUACAUCAACCGAGCCAGCUCCUACUGUAGACCUCGCGUCAGCCCCUGAGACAGAACCCGAGCACCUCAAGGGAGCCGAGUCCGUCAAGGAUCUUGAGCCUAUCCAGGAACCGGAUUUAGUUCAAGAACCCGAGCCUGUUCAAGAAUCUGAACCUGUCAGAGAAGAAGAGCCGGCGCAAAAGCCCGAACCUGUUCCAAAGCCUGAACCGGUGACAGUACCUGAGGCUGCAGCUGAGCCUGAACCGGCUGCGACUGUCGAGCCCGUCAUGGGAGCUGAAAACACCAUGGAGCCGACACAGGAGGUCACUCCGCCUGCCUCGAAACCUCAGUCCCCUGCGCCGGAGACUGCGUCCCCGUCAUACAAAUCCGCUUCACCUAUGCAGCGCGCAAUAUCGCCUGCUGCAAUUAGCGUGGCCGACACCGCCGAUUCACCACAUGCUUUUCCGCCUCCGCCUGCUGCACCCACUCCACCUCCAGCAUCUCCCAAGAUUCAACAUGUUCCGCCCGUGAAAGACGCAGCGUUCCCGACUCCAAGAGCGGCACCCCCGACGCCACCCAGUGCCUCUCCUCAGUACCACCCGUCAUACCCCAUGGAUCAAUCUUAUUCUCCGCGGCAGAAGUCAGCACCAUCGUCGCAUACCACCCGCAAGCCCUCGUCUCCACUGCCCAAAGCCAGCAGCCCGCUGGCACAUGCGUACACAUCUCCGGUGAUGUCUCCACAUACCGCGUCCGCACCGCCAAUGCCUCCAUCGUUUCCUCCAUCGGUAUCCCACAGCUAUGCCACUGCGUAUCAGUCACCUGCUAUGAGUUCUGCUGGGUACUUCCCCCCUCAGUACGGCUACUACCAGCCAACGUCGCACCCACAUCAUACUCCCCGAGGUCCUAUGGCACCGCACAAUUCAUACCCAGGCAUGAGAGACUCAGGCUAUGGUAACGAACAUGAUCGUUCUGGUCGAGGAGGUCCAAUCAUAACUUCGGACCAGGAAGAUGCGCGAGAGCUCCUUGACAGGAUUCAGGAAGCCAUCCCGGACAUCAAUCGCCUUCUCGGAAGCUACAAGCAUACCAAGACCAAGCUACAGUCUCGGGAAGCAGAGUUUAAGCAAAUGGAAAGUCAGCACAAGCAAGCAUUGAUGCAUAAGGAGUUUUUCAUCGAAGCACUUCAGAACCAGCUGCGCAAAACUGCAAACGAAAGCGCCGAAGAGGCUACCAAGCUGAAGAAUAUGAUCAAUGAACUCCGGAUGGAACUUGGCAAUAUGGAGGAGAAGAGGAAGGAUAUGGAGGAAAAGCUUGCGGAAUCCGAAGCGUCCAUCGGUACCUUGGAAGGAAAGAAAGCCGAACUCGAAGAGCAGAUCAAGAAGUUGGACGAGAAAAUUGAGGAAGAGCGUGUGACACACAGCCAGGAGCUGGAGAAGCAGCGAGCCGAGAAAGAAGCGGAGAAGGAAGAAGCUCUCGCGACGCAGAAGCAAGAGCUGACCGAGCUUUUCGAGGAAAUCAAGGCUGAAGACGAGAAGGCAGCUGCAGAGGCCUUGGCGGCUCGUGAAAGCGAAUUGCUCGAGCAGCAAGAAGCGAUGAAGACCGAGUACGAACAGCAGAAACAGCAGAUGCAGGAAUCGCACGACAUCCUGCAGGCCGAAUUCGACGCAAAACUGACCGAGCUCGCAACUACCCAUGAUGAACUCGAGGACAAGCACAAGGAACUGGAAGACACUCGACAGGCACAUACUGAGCAAGUGGAAUCUCUCGAGAACAGCCACCAGGAGAAGGUGACCGAGAUGGAGCGCGCUUGGAACGAGGAGAAGACUGGCUUGGAGACUCAGUUUUCUGAGAAAACCGAGGAGCUCGCCAACAGCGAGCAAGAGAACAAGCGAUUGGAGGAGGAUCUUCUGUCCAAGGAGAAACAACUCCAGCUUUCGGUGGACAACAUGCGGCUUACUAUCAACAAUUUGGACAACGACUGCGACAGAUUGAGGAAGACUCUCCACAGUCUCGGAGAAGCCACUGAUCUCAAGAACACGAAAGGCGAUUCAUUUUUUCUGGACUGCUUCGAUCAACUCCAACGUCUCAUCGUGACGCUCUCUAAGGAACACUUUUCGUACUUGCCAAUUGAUCCUCCCCAAGAGGUCCUCUCCAAACUGCCGGCCGAGCUCCCCUCGUUCCUUGACAACACCCCGGCGUCUCGCGAACUCCGCUCCGCGUACGUCCAACACGUCGUCUCCAAAACACUUACAUACCGCAUCUUUCACCCCUUCCUCUUUACCCUCGGCCGCCGCUACGACAAGGCAGACAUCCUCUUCCAGAUGCUCUCCAUGGACAUCCGCCGCAAGUCCGUCCGCCGCGAGGCCUUCUGGCGCCAGCAAACCCUCAAAGCCGCCUACACCACCUCCGACGCAAAGGAGUCCAUCAACGUCGUGGCUGCCGUAAUCGUCGACGAAAUCAGCAACCAUCUCAAGCACUUCGCAGACCCCCGCCGCAUGGACGGCCUCCUCACAAGUAUCCGCAAGAUCGUCAAGCUCGCCGCCGAGACUUGGAGGCAUGCACGGGUCGAGCGCGAACUCAUCAUCGCCGCCCUUCCCGCUCCCGAAGACGGCAGUGUCCCCGGUGAAGACUGGGAGGAGUACGGCACCACCAAGGAGAAUGCCUCUGGCCGAUCCUCGCCCAAGUCAGCAGAUUUCGCGCGCCACGUUGUCCUGCGUCCCUUCCCUCGAAUCAUCCGCGAAGCAGCCCACGAGGACUUUGUCGGUGGCGAGGGCAAGGCGGACCCCUGCACUUACUCGCGCGGCUCGGUGCUCUACUCAGACUCGCCUACCAUCCUUGCACGCCUCCAGGAAUUGGCGGGCAAGUCCGCGGAUGGUCCAGCGGCUAGAGGCCCCUCGCCGCCGACGGGAAGACUCUCGCGGGCAUCGACCUAUUACGAACCCCCUUCGCCUCGGGUCCAGUAUUCGCAAGAUACACUAAUUGACGGUGCAACUGGGGCCAACUUUGGGACUGCGUAG